AUGCCCGCCCUCACCAUCUCUACCGACAAUCCCAUCCGCUCUCGCUCCCGCACGCCGUCCCCCAACCGCCCGCCUAUCUCCCCCAUCACCCCGACCCUGCCCGCCGCGCAGCUACCCGCUGCCAGUGACUCCCGCCGUCCGGCCGCCCUGGCGCACUCCCAGCCCGACCAGACCGGCAUUGCCCCGCCCCCUCCGCAACCCAUCGCGUUCGAUGGGAACCCAGACGUCAUCGCUCUCAAGUCUGCCAUCUCUAUCCUGCAGAUCCAGCGCCAGAAGGCCAUCGCAGAUCUACAAUCGCUGAGUCGCACAAAGGAUGACGCUGUCCUCGACCCAGAAGCCUUCGUGAAGGACCUCGUCAACGGCAAGAUCAAUGCCCCGGGCGGUACGACUGCUGACGACGACGAUGAUGAUGAUGAUGACGAAAUGAAACUAGACGACGCUGGAGAGGGCUCGUCGAAGCAGCCUCCUGCCGCCCGGCCAAGGGAAUGGACUAACAUCCCUCAACCCCAGAACGUUGUCCGCUGUCCCCCAAUCAACUGGUCCCAGUAUGCUGUCGUCGGUGAGUCCCUUGACAAGCUGCACAGCGAGCAGGUCUCCCGUCCCAGUCAAGGCACCCCGGCUGCCUUCGGUGCCAACGGCACGUACGAGUUCAAGGGUGAGGGCAAGCAGGAGAAGUACAUGGGUGUCGCAGCCCCUUAUGCGCCGCUCCAGGACCGCCUGGGCAAGAAACCCAAGGGCAAGAAGACAUGA